AGCCGAGCCCUCAGAACACAUGCUUCACUAAAGGGAUUUUUCUAAAUCCAGAUUUAGCUUAUUUAACAUUGUUCAAUAUAUAAAAAGUACAAGGAUUAAUCAUUCAAUGGUUGAUUGUUUUCGUAUUAUUGAAAAGUAAUAUUUUUAUAACUUCUUACGGUUUUUGUAAUAUAUCGUAUUAUGAAGACGGUCAUCCAGAAAACCGUCCAGAAAUCAUUGUCAUCAUUGCUCGGGAGAUACCAAAGUUGUUCUGUCGUCGUUUCUACUAGACAGUAUAAUGAUGAUCACAGCAAGUACGAAGGCAACAAACCAAGAGUACUGAUUACAGGAAGUCUGGGUCAACUUGGAACAGGGUUAGCAAGUGUGAUGAGAAAGCGCUAUGGAGUUCAGAAUGUUUUUAUGUCAGAUAUCAUAAAAGCACCACCAAAUGUUGCAGCAAGUGGUCCAUACGUGUUCGCUGACAUCUUAGAUUUUAAGCGUCUCCAGGAACUCAUAGUUACUCACAAUAUAGAUUGGAUAGUACAUUUCAGUGCUUUACUGAGUGCUGUAGGAGAAAACAAUGUACCUCUGGCAAUGCGAGUUAAUAUUGAGGGUCUACACAAUGUAUUGGAAUUAUCAAAACAAUACAAGUUAAAGUUGUUUGUUCCUAGUACGAUCGGUGCAUUUGGACCAGAUUCUCCAAGGAACCCUACCCCCGAUUUGACUAUACAAAGACCAAGAACAAUCUACGGUGUAUCGAAGGUACACGCUGAACUGAUGGGAGAGUACUAUUACCACCGAUUUGGUAUGGACUUCAGAAGUCUUCGAUUUCCCGGUGUUAUAUCUGCAGAUACCAACCCAGGUGGCGGAACUACAGAUUAUGCAGUACAUAUAUUCCAUGAUGCUUUACAAACUGGAGAUUUCACCAGUUUCUUGAGACGUGACACCCGUCUUCCUAUGAUGUAUAUUGACGAUUGCCUUCGUUCAGUCGUUCAGUUUAUGGAAUUACCUGGUAAUCAACUCAAACAACGAACUUACAACGUAACAGCCAUGAGCUUUACCCCAGAAGAAUUGGUAGCCGAGGUUAGAAAACAUGUUCCUCACCUCAAGGCUAAAUAUGAAGCAGAUAGCAGACAAAAAAUAGCCGAUACAUGGCCAGAAGUGUUUGACGACUCAAAUGCACGUGCUGACUGGGGAUGGAAGCAUGACUAUGAUAUCAAAGGUCUCUGUGAUAUAAUGUUUGAAAAAUUACGACCAGUCUACGGCACGGACAGCCAUCUGGACGCUAGUAAUAAAGACGGAAAACAAAAGCUUACAGCAGCAUAAUGUCGGAAACAUUCAGCUACAUUUUAGACUGUGAAAUGUGCAAUUUACCGGUAAAUGGACCUAGAACUCAUGAACAUGAGAAAUGGUCGUUCUACCAUAAACAUAAAUUUUACUGCUAAAAUGCAUUACAUUUCUGUACAUUAUUGAUUGUUAUUUGUAUAUUUAAGGAUUUGUUAUUUAUUAUAAAAUGUGAGAUCAAACGUAAACGGUCCAGAUUUUGGUUGUGAUUUUAGUCCACAAUCGUAUAUAAUGUAUGUUUCGAGAACAAGUACUAGUAAAUUAUACUAUUGCAUAAGUUGUGUAUGUUCAUGUGAUAUUGUAAACAGAUUGUAAACGG